CUGAUAGCGUAGAGCUUUGCUUAGCUUCCAUAGCAGCCCUUUCAUUUCUACACUGCUUUCAAAAAAAGCAUAAAAAAUUCGAUCUAAUCAAACAAAACAGAGCAGAAUCUGAUUCUGUACAGUGAUUUUCUCUUUCAAAGAAGUUCUUUUUUUUUUCCUCUUCUCUUUCAUUCCUCUGUUCCGCAUCAUUUCUGCACUGAAGUGCUCGAAUCUUCUCUAUAUAACAGUAUAAAUGGAAGGGACUGUGUUUGCCGCGGCAUUGGGUGGGAUGAAGCAUGUGAAAUCGGAACAAGGGGAAAUGCUGACUAAGCCUUUCUUGGAUGUGUGCAAGAUGAUAUUGCCUGUUAUCGAUAAGUUCGGAGCUGCUAUGGCUCUUGUGAAGUCUGAUAUUGGUGGUAAUAUAUCGAGGUUGGAUUCUAAAUAUCAAUCAAAUCCAUCUAAAUAUGAACACUUGUACAGUAUGGUGAAGGAAGAGGUUGAGGCUAAUACAGCAAAAUCAGGGUCUAGUUGUACCAAUGGUCUUCUUUGGUUGACAAGAGCAAUGGAUUUUCUGGUGGAACUGUUCCGCAACUUGCUUGUGCAUCCAGAAUGGGCAAUGUCACAAGCCUGUACAGAUUCCUAUGGCAAGACACUGAAAAAAUAUCACGGUUGGCUUGCCAGUUCAAGUUUCACUUUUGCAAUGAAGCUUGCUCCGAAUAGGAAGAAAUUCAUGGAAGUUAUUGCUGGGUCUGGUGAUGUUGCUGCUGACAUGCAGAAAUUUUGUUCUGAUUUUUCUCCAUUUUUGGAAGAGAAUCACAAAUUUCUGGCUAGUGUUCACUUGGAUGGUCUUAAAGCUUCAUAAAUGGAGAAGGGUAUUGAGAAUGGCUAUGGUUUUCUCCUCCUUUUUCUAAUUUAGAACUGUUGAACACUUUGUUGUUCCUUUAAAACCUCGAAAUACCGAUAAUAUCGGCAGGAACUUAUCUUUCUUGCCAAUCUCUUCUAUGCUAUUGCCAUCUUGAAGUUAUGCUAUGGUUUUGAUGGGAAUGCAAACCCUUUCCGACUCA